AUGAAAUUAAAAAAUUUCAUAAGUACUUCGGUGGUAGCUGAUUUGCUUCAAAAAGGUGGAUUCAAGAGUGGCAAUGAAUACAAGCUAUUGGACUGUGCUGGAGACCUUCCGGCAAGGGAUAAUCACGACCAGUUUAUGAAGACACUUUAUGGCAAAUUUGAGGAAAUGAUGCAAAUGGAUACCAAGCAGAAGCGCGAUUACAUGAAGAAGCACAUCCCACAGUCGGUCCACAUGGAUCUCAAUAUAGCUGCUUAUCCUGGUCGAUACGAGCCUUAUGCUAUGUAUCCACCAGAAAUAUUUCAGAAAUAUGCUCGGUUAUUAGGUCUCAACCGGUCACAGCACAUCGUACUGUAUGGCAGACAACAGCUAGCUGGAAUGUUGUUUCCGUCACGCAUUGCAUGGCUAUUUAAGUACUACGGCCACGAAGAUGUCUCUGUAGUAGAUGGCGGUCUGGACGCUUGGGAAAAAGAUGGUGGUGCUGUAACGACAGAAAUCCCGAAAAUUACGCUAGGUGACUGGGAAGCGAAGGCAUGCCCAGAGCGUAUUGUAACGUACGAACAGCUGAUCGAGAAGGAUUCCAGCAACAAAAAUAUGUUCGACAAAACGAGCCAGAUGAACUUUUUUGAUGCACGACCACGCGCACAGUUCGAAGGGAAGGCCGAUACGACGCUCGACCCAAAUAAAGUGAAUGGUUCGCAUGUGCCUGGAACAAAAACUGCCCCAGCAAUUGAAAUGAUCGACGAAAACGGUCAUCUGAAAAGUCCGGAUGAACUUAAAAGCUGGCUGGAGCACUGCGGCUUCAAAAAGGAUCGUCCCACUGUGUCGCUUUGCUUAAGGGGAAUCCAAGCGUGUAUGCUGAAUCUAGCUAUCGAAGACCUGUAUCCCUCGCUGCAUCCACGUGUUUACCACGGUUCGUGCCUUGAACUACAAGCCCGUGAUCCAGGAAGAAUAUCGGAAUAA